AGAAAAGGAGGAAAUAAAAAUCCCAUCAAACUGUCGGCGCUGUCGAUAAGAAAUUUCUCAGCAAAUAUGCUGAACAAUCUCAGUGCGUCCAAUCUUGGAGCCCAGAAGGAUUGUGAUCUGCCCAAGUCGGCCAUAACGUCCCUCCAUUCAUCCAACACCUUCGGUCAGUUGCAGACUUCCGGCGCGACGGACACGAAUGGGAGUCGCCUGCACGUGUCCAGCGGCAUCUGCGAGCCCCACACGAUUCACCAGGAUCAGAACUCCGAGAAGUCGGGGAAGCAGAAGAGGCACCGCACGCGCUUCACGCCCGCCCAGCUGAACGAGCUGGAGCGAUGCUUCUCCAAGACUCACUAUCCGGACAUCUUCAUGCGCGAGGAGAUCGCCAUGCGAAUCGGCCUCACUGAGUCCCGCGUCCAGGUCUGGUUCCAGAAUCGCCGCGCCAAGUGGAAGAAGCGAAAGAAGACGACCAACGUGUUCAGAACUCCAGGUGCUCUUCUGCCAUCCCACGGGCUGCCGCCCUUCGGUGCUAACAUCACCAACAUCGCCAUGGGGGAGAGCCUUUGCGGGGGCUCCAUGUUCGGCGGCGACCGCUGGGGCGUCGGCGUCAAUCCAAUGACGGCGGGCUUCGGCCAGCUCAACCAAUCGUCCACCCUGUCCUCCACCCUGAACAGCGGUCUCAACUCCGGCAUCAACAUCUCCUCCGCCAUGGGCGCCGGCAGCUACCAGCACUACGGCCUGAAUGCACUGGGCGACUCGAUGAUGUACCAGCACUCGACUGUCGGCGGCGCGGGCGCCAACAGCGGCGGCGGAGGCGUCGCGGCGGCCGUUGGAUGCGGACCCGGAAGCUCCCCGACCACUUCCUCGCCGCCCAACAUCAAUGCCACAGGAUGUCCGUCGACCACGCCGCCGCUGUCCAACUCACAGCAGAAUCCUAGUCAGAGCGACAGCAACGGCAACACCGAAAUGGGUCAGACCCAGAACGCUAACCACGGGCACGUGGGCAAUUGCCAGUCGCUCCCGUCCAGCGGCGACGGCGACGAGGAUGUGUGGCGAGGACACAGCAUAGCCGCGCUGCGGCGCCGCGCCUCGGAGUUGAACGCCACCUCGAUCCCCUCCUACUUGCACACCCACAACUACGAGCACCACAACUCGGUUUACUGAGACUUCCUCGAGGGCGCCGAUCUAGGCUACUUCAGCUGAGCUGCUCCCACCUCGGCGGACGCCCUGUCGCGGAACAGCCACGAAGUAUACGAUUUUCACGACUGUGAAUACCUUGUAAGACCGCGGACCGCCCGCGAUACUGAUGAGGAUAUACGAAGAGAGGUGAAUUAUUAAGCAUAAUCUUAAAGGCCAGUUUUAAGGAAAAAUUGAACGACGAAGGAGGAAAGUAUUCAAUGUACAGACUUAUCUCAUGUAUACGAAAGAAGAAAAAAAUUACAGUGAAAAUGGAAGAAAAGAAUAUAAGAUAAGAGAAUUAUAGGUAAAAAAAAACUAUGGUAGAGAAAUAAAAAUUUUGAUUUUCCCGGUUGAGACGCAACAUUCCAACACUCUUUCAAGACACACUCUUGUUCAAACCAGACAUAAUUCGCCCUCAAAGGAUUUUUCCCCAGAAAUACUCAAAGUGAAGAAGAAGAAAAAGUCUACUUAUUCAUAGCAAGCAAGCAUAAAUAAUUACUAUACAUUACAUAGAGUUGAUUAAUUUGUACAAAGGACGAGUAAUAUAAAUAGAAAAAAGUGUAUCAACUGAUGUAUACCGAUUCUUUUUCUCCUGUUUUUUCAAUGAUGAAAUCCAUGUAAUUGUAUCAAUAUUGUAUCUAAAGAUGAGAAGUAAUAAUUAAUUGUAAUAUUUACACACUUAUGAGUGGAAAACGACAGGCUAUUUGACGAUGGAAAUUAUCCGGAAAAGACACAUUUGAUGAUGGAUUGUAAGAGAAAUUCAAUGAUAAAACAUAAUGUAUCAUUUUUAGGCAUUAGAUAGACCGUUUAGAUAAUGUAUAUUUUUAAAAAUAUUGUCUGGAAAAAGUUAAAAUUGUGGAAAUAAA